AUGUCCUCUUCACCUUUACAACAGAGAAUUGCUUUGCUUCUUGUUAUUGAACUACUCGGUGACAACAAUGGACCAUUGCAGCUCAUUCUGCUAGGAAGGCUGCUUGUCACCAUCAGUUGCAAGUCUGCAAAUGGAGGACUCGAGACACGAGUGGCUGGUGAUGUCGAUAAGAAUGGGAAAUUCAAUGUAUCUCUUAUUCGAGUGAUUUUACAAGAUGGAGAAUUGAAAGACGAAUGCUUUGCACAGCUUCACAGUGCCUCAGGUGCGCCUUGUCCUGUCCGCGAUUUCCAAAAGGCCUUGAAGUUAAUCAUCAAGUCCAAAGACAAAGGAAAACUAAUACUAGGUCUGGAUGGAAACAUGAAAUUCUCUCCAGCUACAUGCACUUAUGUUGUUUUUGUGGCCUUGUUUCAGUACCCACCAUUGCCUAAGCUGCCACCAUUACCAGGAACACCAAUUGAAUAUCCUGAGUAUCUGCCACCACCACCAGAGGUUCCUCCACCCACUCCAGUUUAUGCAAUGUCACCUCCACAACCAGCACGAGUAUACAAGGAGUCACUUCCUCCAUGA